AUGGAGAGCUUGAACACAGCGCUUGUGUUAAUCCUUGCCUAUAUAUUAACAUUGGUGCGAGCCAAUGACCCUGUUAUACCCACACCAAAUCCAAUAUGUACACAGGUGCUCACCACACCUAGAGGAUCUCUAAAGACACCCAAUUUUCCAGAACAUUAUCCACGGGAUAUAUUCUGCAGAUGGAAAAUUGUUGCAAAUACAUUUGAUGGAAUUCAACUAACGUUUCUUACUUUCAACCUUCCACUUUCCAACCAAGGUCAAUCAUCAAACGAGUUGAUUGCUUAUCAAUCUGAUCCCACUUUGACGGACACUAAUCCAGAUAUUGUGUAUAGUGGCUUAAAACAACAGGGAUUUAGUGUUUCCUUCAAUACGAGUGUUUUAUGGCUGGAGUUUCAAGCUGCUGCUAAUCUAACAGGAAUUCCCAAAGGAGAAAUCAUUGGCUUUUCUAUCAGAUACCAAGUGUUUUCUUUAAAGGAGUCAUGUAAAGCACCAGGAAAACCUGAUCAUGGUUCUGUAUUGGGAGACUCUCUAUUUCUUGGAUCUUCAGUAGAUUACUCAUGUGACCCAGGAUUUCGAUUGGAAGGUUCACAAACCGCCACGUGUAUCAGUAAUAAUUCCUUACAAGUUUGGUCAUCUGCUGUACCCGAAUGUAUCCCUUCAUGUAUUCAACCAGACAGUCCUGUCAAUGGAAUACGGAAUGGCUCGGACGUUAAUAUCAAUUCUAAUAUAACAUUUGAUUGCAACGAACCAUUUCUUAUACAAGGUGCUUCAAUCAUAACGUGUCAAAGACAAAGUAAUGGUGGUGGGGCUUGGAGUGCCCGUGUUCCAACAUGUAUUAUUCCAAAUUGCUCAAACCCUAUAGCAUUAACAGAACCAUCUGGUGCAUUGGUCAAUCCAUCCUUCCCUAUGGAGUUUGUGCUAAAACUAAAUAUAGAAUGCACGUGGAAAAUAGUAGCAUAUGUAGGUCAAGCCAUACAAUUCACCAGUUUAUACUUCGAUAUUCCCAACGAUGAUCAGAGUUUUGUGGAGUUUUCGGACGUUGUGAAUGCUAGUAGAAUAGCGUUUGAUAGAAUCACUGGAGAAACCAAUUCUAUAAAUGCUGUUAGUACAUCAAAUAAAGUUGAAAUCCUCUAUCAUGGCCCAACGCAGCAACCCAUCAAUUUCCGAGGAUUUUACAUCAAGUACGUUGUUAUUGAUGCUAUUGGUGUGUCAACACCAACACCACAGGCAACGACUUCAACAACACAAACAACAAUUACAUCUACAACUUUGAUAACGACUACUGUUCCUUCAACUUUAGAAACAAGUGAACCCACAACACCUGUUACAUCUACGGCUAACGUUACGACUGCGUUUCUUGGCAAUACAGAUCAGAAGGGCGAUGAUGAUGGUGCGACUAAGAUAGCCAUUGGCGUGACAAUACCUUUGUUAAUAUUGUUUAUCAUUGCUGGCUUUGUGUUCUAUAAAUGGUAUCGCCGAAAGUAUCCUGUCAGAAUGAUACUGGGACGAGAUUUUGGUAAAUUUGAAAACCCAGAUUAUCAAAACACACAUUCCACGUUAUCUUUGGUUCGGCAAGAUGCUGAUGAUUACUUCAAAGAUGCGACAUCUAAAAAUGUUUCAACUGUGAGUCUGAAUACCAGAUCGGGACAUGAUAAUCUAGCAUUUGAGACCGAAAAAGAUUUUAAGAAUUAUAACCCCUCUGAUGGAGACGAUCUAGUGAAACGAAAGAGCUUUUUAUUCAAAUCUUUAGACGAACACCAUAAUUGGAUGGAAACCGAAUUUGCCUCAGCUAGUAGUUCAAAAUCAGAAGACAGUAUUUAUUCUAAAGCUAAAGCGAUAAAAACAGAAAGUGAUAAUAUUUCAGGUGAUAAUGAACACGAACCAUCCAAUGAUAAGGAACAUGACCCUGUUAGUGAUAACGGUACUCAAAAUAAAAUCCAUCUUUCUCAAGAGGAACUACAUAACCUCAAAAAUGCCAAAGAACAUUUCCUGAAGAACACCGAAACUAUUGUCCCAGAAUCCGUGAAACGAACACGUGCGUAUACACAGGAUGAAGCUCCAAAGAAGGCCUCAGAAGCCGUUUCAGCACGUUUCAGAUCGCAAUCUGCAGACAAUGUUACAAUGAUUCAAUUUAACAAUGAUAAAAAAGACAUUGAAAUCUCUGUAUCGCGAAACGAAAGCUCCUCAUCUAGUGAUAUUGUUUCAUUAAAAACAAGAGAUUCUGAGACAGAGCUGAAGAACGAAGUACCACGCAAAUCGAGUGACAUUUCAUUGAAAAGUGACAAAAUCAAAAACGAAGGCCAAUUUACUUUGAAUUCCUCGGUUGACUCAGGUCAUUCUGAAGAAACACGUUCAGAAAGUCAUGCAGAAGGGUCACAUCAUUCCAGUGUCAGUAAUGAUUCUUACUAUAUAGACGUUCUGGAGGAUGCAGAGUUAUCAGAUAAUGGAUCUGUGACAGACAUUCCUUUAAAACUUAAAAAUAAAAGUGAAAGUGUAGCGUCCUUGAGGGGAGAAAUUGAAGCAUUGGAUGAGUAUGAUGCUAUUGCCCCAGGCGAGAGAUCCAAAGAGAUAUUCUUAUCUGACACAGACAUGCCUAAUAAUUCCCUUGAACACAAUCAGAAUGACUCAAUCAACGAUGAAAGCUUGAGUCACAAUGGAAGCCAACUAGUCGAUGAUGCAAUACUCCCAACGGAUGAUAAAAUGAUAAUGCGGUCGCAUUCGGACACUGUGUCAUCUUCAUCAUCUUCUUCGUCUUCUUCAUCUUCAUCCAAAACAUCAACCAGAUCGAGGAGUUCUGGUGAGGGUAUUAGGAAAAGACGUAGAAAGAAAAGAUCGAGGUCUGAUUUGGCUGACAAUGGUAAAAAUGAAUCAAGCUCUGAAGAUGAACUGAGCGUUAUUAAUAUCGAAGUGGUGAACCCAGAGGAAUAUCCACAAGAUGUAAGAGGUAUUGAAGAACCAGAUGCAAGGCUCUCUGGAGCAGAUUUGACCACUGUUUUACAACAAAGUCCAUCCAAUAAUGAUGAACAUAAUGAUUCAACACAUUCCUCCGGAAAUCUAGAAAACACAUACACCAACUCACUAGAAUCAAAACCAAAUUUCGAAGACCCUAACGAUCCGUAUAAUGAAAGUGUUAGUUUAGCAGAAUCGGACAAUGUUGCAAGUCAAUCCGACAAGGACUCUAGUCUUUCCAUUAUUGAUUCAAACGAAUUGCCGGGAAAUGAUCCUAAAGACGAACCUUUAAGGUCACCAAACGAUCCAGUAGAAGAAGGAUUGUCUCGUCCAACAGUUCAUGAUAAUUCCUUCACAGCUGAUAGUGUGAGUGUUCAUUCAACCACAAUUUCAUCCAUUGCAUCACUGUCCUCUGAUGACGAAGGUGAAUAUAUGAUCAACCCAGAACUAAAUGUUGCUAGUCCCCAUGUUGGUGGGGCCGACGAAAUUUUGCAUAGUCCCCAUGUUGCUGGUGCUGUCAAUAUACCAUCUACGUCCGAGUCACAACCGGGAUCUCCGUCUCGCUCCAAUUCUAGUGUGGCAUCUAGUCCAGAUUCGGCUAUAAGGUCACAAGACAAUCUGCCUUUAAAAAAUGAAAGCAUAACGACGAAUAUUGCCUCUCCAAGUGCCAAACCUGUGAGUCAACUCAGUUUAUCUGGUAGUGAUAGUGAUGACCAUGCAAUUACUGAUGAUGAUAUAGUGAAAGCUUUAGAAGACAUUGAUUCAGAUGAGGAUUCUGACUUUCAACCAAUGGCUACCAGUGAACUUGUUCCUCGGAAACCAGUUAAACCAAGAAGUAUAUCGAUAGAACAUAAUUUUGAAUUUGAUGAUGACGAUGAUGAUAUUGAUGUAUAG